AUCAAAAGAGGAGGACUCCGCUAUAAAUAUACUCAGCCUUCAAGCGUCUAGCCUGUUUUCUUGUUUCGUCUUCAUCGGGAUCGCUUGCUCUAUAGGCGAACAAUGGCCCGUACUAAACAGACUGCUCGGAAGUCUACCGGAGGAAAAGCUCCUCGCAAGCAGUUGGCUACCAAGGCUGCCCGGAAAAGCGCUCCAGCCACCGGUGGGGUGAAAAAGCCUCAUCGUUACCGCCCCGGCACUGUCGCCUUAAGAGAAAUCCGUCGUUACCAGAAAUCGACCGAGCUGCUCAUCCGUAAGCUCCCCUUCCAGCGCUUGGUCAGAGAGAUCGCCCAAGAUUUCAAGACCGAUCUCCGUUUCCAGAGCUCCGCUGUGAUGGCCCUGCAGGAAGCCAGCGAGGCUUACCUCGUGGGCCUCUUCGAAGAUACCAACCUGUCAAUAGCAAUAGCAAUGUCUGGUCGUGGAAAAGGCGGAAAGGGCUUGGGAAAAGGGGGCGCUAAGCGUCACCGCAAAGUGUUGCGGGAUAACAUCCAGGGCAUUACCAAGCCCGCUAUCCGCCGCUUGGCCCGUCGUGGCGGAGUGAAGCGUAUCUCCGGCUUGAUCUACGAGGAGACUCGCGGGGUGCUGAAGGUCUUUCUGGAGAACGUCAUCCGCGAUGCUGUGACUUACACCGAGCACGCCAAGAGAAAGACCGUGACAGCCAUGGAUGUGGUCUAUGCCUUGAAACGCCAAGGCCGUACCCUCUACGGAUUCGGGGGUUAAACACUGCAACUUGAU